AUGUCAGGCGGAGGCGAUGUGACCCUCUUUGAGGAGUCCUUCACAGUUACGAACUACGAUCAGUCCAAGUACGAUCGAGUGGCGCGCAUCUCUGCCACCUCCACGGACAAUCAGACUCUCAUGACACUUGACAUCAAUAUUGAGCUCUUCCCCGCCUCCACUUCCGACAGUCUUCAUGUCGUCCUGGCUACCUCCCUAGCUCACGACGGUAGUAAAGACGAAGAGAAGGGCUGGAGGGACGUUACCAAGGGCAACCACGACCGAGAACCCACACUGGCCGACAUGUUUGAUUAUGUGUGCUACGGCAAGAUCUACAAGUUCGAGGACGCUGAUGACGGGCAAACCAUCAAGGCGUACGUCUCGUUCGGCGGUCUCUUGAUGUCUCUGGAAGGCCCGUACAAGAAGCUCACUCCUCUGAGAGUCGAUUAUGUCUACUUGUUAAUCAAGAAAUGA